AUGGGUAAAAACAAAAAACAAUCGAUCGAUACUAUAAACGAAUCUCCAAAAUCUGACUGGUUUAAAGAAAAUAUGUCUCGCGAACAUUGUAAAUAUUGUUAUGAGGCUCUAAAGGUCCUAAAACGUCACCCUAAUGUUUUUCCUUUCCUUGACCCCGUUGAUCCAGUAAAAUUUGGGAUCCCCGAUUACCUUGACAUCAUCAAGAAACCUAUGGAUCUCGGUACUGUCGAAAAAAAGCUCAAUAACUUCGAAUAUUCAAAUGUGAACGAAUUUAUAGCUGAAGUUAGGCUUGUUUUUAGCAAUUGUAUUACUUAUAACGGUGUUUCACAUCAGUUCGCUCUAUUCGCAAAAGAACUUAAUAAUUUGUUCACUCAACAAAUUGAAAAAAUGCCUGGUGCUAUUGAAGAACAAGGUUCAAAAGCUGAAUCUUCAAAACUUGCUAAUAAAGUUACUGAAAGACCAAAGAGGACGAUUAAGCCUACUUCUAAAGAUCUUCCUGAUUCUCCUGCUGUGAAACGUAAAAAGACCAAAUCAAAUGCUGAAAUAAAUUAUUGUCGUGAGACUUUGAAAGAGUUGAAAAAAAAGGUUCAUUGGUCAUAUGCUUACCCUUUCUAUGAACCCGUAGACGCUGAAAGAUUAGGAAUUCCAGAUUAUUAUAAAAUUAUAACACAUCCUAUGGAUAUAACUACUAUCAGUUCAAAAUUAGAUAAUGAACAAUAUUCGAAUGUUGGUGAAUUUGAGGCGGACGUUCGUUUGAUGUUUCGAAAUUGUUAUGUUUAUAAUGGACCUAAUAGUGAGGUGGCAAAUAUGGGUAAAAUGCUUGAAGCUGUCUUUGAUAAGAAAUGGGCUAAUAAACCUAUUGUAAAUAAUAGUUCACGGCAAAAAUCAAAAAAACUGAAGACAUCAGCGACUCAAUCUCGUUCAAAAAAUGUUGCGGAAGAUUCAUCAGACGAUAGUAUUUCAGAGGAUGAUAGCGAUAGUCAAGUUGAAAAAUGGAAAGGGUUGGAGGAGCAUUUGAAAGCUGUGCAACGACAAAUUGAAUUAAUAAAGAAAAAGAAAUCUUCUAAAUCAAAGAAAGCUUUGAAGCAUGAAGUAGCAAAACUUUCGAAUAAAGUUCAUGGAAAAACAGUUGCGGUUGGGAGUGCCAAGAGACCAAAACGACGUCGUCCAUCUGGUACACCUAAAGGUUUAACUAAAAAUCAGAAAAAGAAUCUUUCUGAAAAGAUUGUUUUACUUUCUAAAGAAUCCAUGGCGUAUAUCAUUAAUUUGGUGCGAGAUCGAAAUGCACCAAUAGAAGAAGAUGAUCAAGGUGAAGUUUCAUUUGAAAUCGACGAACUUGAUCCUCAACUGGCCAGGGAAAUUUACGAUUAUACCAUGAAAAAUGUCCCCAAGGCAGGAAAAGGUAAAAAGAGUCAACCUUCUGCUAAGAGACCUCGAAAUAAUCAAAACCUAGAUAAUGAAGAACGUAUUAAGGCUUUGGAAGAUGCAUUGGUGAAGUUCGAUCAAAAACUCCCGUCUCCCGUUACUGAAGCUUCAAAUGAGAAUCCAGAUAAUUCAAAUGAAAGUUCUCCUGGUAGCCAAAGUACGAGCGGAGAAUCUUCUGAAAGUCUAAGUUCUAAUUCAUCUGGUUCUGAUUCUGAGGGUUCAAGUAGUGAAAGUGAGACGUCUUAA